AUGAGUACUACAGGGAAAGUUAUCAGGUGCAGAGCAGCCAUACUCUGGAAGCCUGGUGGACCAUUUUCCAUUGAGAAGGUAGAAGUGGCUCCAUCAAAGGCAAAGGAAGUUCACAUAAAAAUCGUGGCCACGGGGCUCUGUGGUACAGAGAUGAAAAUGCUGAAGGAUAAAACCCUUCACCACCAUCAUUAUCCUAUCAUGGUGGGCCAUGAAGGGGCUGGAAGAGUCGAGAGCAUGGGAGAAGGAGUGAGCACAGUGAAAACAGGUGACAAAGUAAUACCACUCUACACGCCUCAAUGUGGAAAAUGCAAGAAAGUAAUCAGUGGUCCAUCUACUUUCUCUUUUUUUGUAUCUUUUUCCCCUAGGCAUUUCAAAAAUCCUAUGGGUGAUCAAAAAUUAAUGGAAGACAAAACUAGCAGGUUUACCUGCAGAGGAAAACCAAUUUACCAUUUCAUGGGAACCCGUACCUUCAGUCAGUACACUGUAGUGCCAGAUGUUAACCUUGCCAAAGUUGAUGAUGAUGCCAAUUUAGAGAGAGUUUGUCUGCUUGGAUGUGCAUUUUCAACUGGCUAUGGUGCUGUAGUCAACGUUGCCAAGAUAAAACCUGGUUCCACAUGUGCCAUCUUUGGCCUAGGAGGUGUCGGUCUUUCAGCUGUAAUUGGUUAUAAAGCAGCAGGAGCUUCCAGAAUCAUAGUUAUUGACAUCAAAAUUGAGAAGUUUACAAAGGCCAGAGCCCUUGCAGCCACCGACUGCCUCAAUCCUAGAGACCUAGAUAAACCCAUUCAGGAGGUCAUCAUUGAAAUGACCAAUGGAGGUGUGGAUUUUGCCUUUGAGUGUGUAGGUGGAGCUAAAAUCAUGAGAGCAGCCCUUGACAGCAUAACAGUAGGCUGGGGAGCGUACAUCAUUGGAGUAAACGUUGGUGACAACAGAUUGAGUGUUUCGGCAGUGGAGCUAAUAACGGGCCGUACUCUAAAUGGAACAAGCUUUGGUGGUUGGAAAGGUAUCGAUUCUGUCCCAAAGCUGGCUGCUGACUAAAAGAAUAAGAAAUUCGAUCUGGAUGCAUGGGUGUCCCAUACCCUUGCUUUUGACAAAGUUAAUGAGGCAUUUGACCUAAUGUACCAAGGAAAAAGCAUUAGGACAGUCCUCCUCUUUUGA